AUGCAGAUUCGCAGUCAAUACCUAACGGGGGGCAUUUCAAGCGUUGCCUCCGAGGACCUUACGUCGCUCAUCGAGAAACUUGAUGUCUUGAUUGAGGAGGCUCGACACGCAUCCAAUAUUCGUGACUACAUCACGCUCUGUACGGAAGAGACUGUACUACGAUUAUUGACUGAUCGCGGGCCCAUCUCGCAAAAGCUGCUUGAAGUUGCACGUGCCGUGAACCCAUUUCUCGGGCCACAAGGCAAUGAUGUGGGUAGAUUGGAAGCAGGCUCUACCUCUGCGGGAGAUGACAACCUGCCUGUUCCUUUUCGAUCGUCUGAUACGUGUCUGAUUGACGAGUCUGAGAAGGACCUCUUGGUCUUGUUGUAUUACUGCGAUGUUGCCGAUCUUGAGGGGUCCAUUGAAGAGGCGUUGGCUCAGGUGUUGAAGAUGGCAGAAAAGUACGGCACCAUCAAGGACUUGGAUCUUCGCAAAGAAUCCCUUUCGGAAACCGAGAAUAAGAUCUCCCUAAUAAUAGCCGCCGGAAGGAACCCACCUCAGUCUGGAGCCAAGCUCGACUUUGAGAGGAGCACUCGAAUGAGUCGAUUGUUGACGAUUUGUGAGAUGUUACUCUCCGAGGGAAGGUUGGACCAGGUCUGCUUUUUGUUGAUACCUUUGCGGCGGUGCAUCGCAAGCCAGGACAAGCCUUGGUGGCGGUCGAGGACAAGACGACUACUCAAAGGCAUUAAGAAGACGCGGGCCGGUAGGCAGAAGUGGCAUAUACAGCUUGCGGAUGAACAGCUACUUUUUAUCAAGGGCCCGGAGAAUGAUGGCGGGAAGUCGUGGGGUUGGCGUGGCUCUUCUACGCUCCGGCCGGAGACAAUUGAGAUGGGGAAGGUGAAGGGCGACUGA